GUGGACUGGAUCUUGCGAGGGACCUCUCAAGUGAUGUUUGUCAAUAACCCUCUCAGUGGGAUGAUGAUUUUAGUGGGGCUUUUCAUCCAGAAUCCCUGGUGGACGCUCACAGGCUGUACUGGUACGGCCGUUUCGACACUAACAGCCCUGACCCUCAGUCAGGACAGGUCAGCCAUUGCAGCAGGGCUGUACGGCUAUAACGGGCUCUUGGUGGGACUGCUCAUGGCCGUCUACUCCGACAAAGGAGAUUACUACUGGUGGCUUCUGCUUCCUGUGGGGGUUAUAUCCAUGGCCUGUCCAGUCCUGUCUAGCGCUUUGGCAUCAGUCUUCAGUAAAUGGGACCUUCCUGUUUUCACUCUGCCUUUCAAUAUUGCAGUUACUUUGUAUUUGGCAGCCACAGGACACUACAAUCCCUUCUUCCCUACAACCCUCAUCCAGCCUGUAACAUCAACACCCAACAUCACUUGGUCUGCAAUCAAUGUGCCCCUGCUUUUGCAAUCCAUUCCGGUCGGUGUCGGUCAAGUAUAUGGUUGUGGAAACCCCUGGACUGGAGGCAUCUUCCUCAUUGCUUUACUAAUCUCCUCCCCACUGAUUUGCUUACAUGCUGCAAUCGGAUCAACAGUGGGGAUGCUGGCAGCACUGACCAUUGCAACACCGUUUGACAGCAUCUACCUCGGCUUACACAACUAUAACUGUGCACUUGCUUGCAUUGCGAUUGGAGGAAUGUUCUAUGCCCUGACCUGGCAGGCUCAUCUGCUGGCCCUUGCCUGUGCAUUAUUUUGUGCCUACUCUGGAGCAGCUUUUACUAAUAUGCUAUCUGUGCUGGGAUUACCGCUCUGCACCUGGCCUUUUUGCUUCUCUGCACUUCUCUUUCUGCUGCUUACUUCAGAGAACCCAGCCAUGUACAAACUCCCACUCUGCAAAGUCACCUAUCCAGAGGCCAACCGGAUCUAUUACUUGAGGAUGAUGAUGAAAACAGCAUUGGAGAGCAGAAGAGAGGAGCAGAAAGGAAAGGAGUCGAAACCCUCUGGUGAUUCGAAAACCCAAAUUGGAGGCACCCCACUGCACACUCCAAAAGACAGCCAUGCUUACUGACUUCCAGUGCUCACGAGUCAGUAGUUUCAGCCACUUUUUCAGAUACUAGCAAAGCAGCAAUACUUCACAGUCACAAACACCACCUUCAGCAGCAUUCUGCAGGCUGGGGAUUCUGCGUAGCACGCUUUGGAGGAAACGCAGUUUGCCCUUGAGCUAAGCUUUCUAAAAAGCACUCAGGCAACACAGUAAUAGCUGUCUUAUCACUCCACACGCUGUUAACUUGAAAGCCAACUCUUAUCAACAAUAAUCAUAAGAAUAGGCAGAAGAACAUAAACACUGACAAGAGGCUGUAUUUAAUUUUAGAUGGGUAAUUUAACAAAAUAAAUACGCUGGAGGGACUUUGUAUGUAAUAAUAAUAAAUAACGUAAGAACUGCGUCAAGUGCUGCACUUUGAAUUAAGAACAUGUACACAUGAAAAUGGAAUAAACAGACUGAUCUCUUC